GCUCGUUGGUAGCACAUCGCGUUCGCUCUCUUAAACAGUUAUAAUGGCUAAGUUAUUAAUCAGUGCUUUAGUGUGUUUGGCCAUGUUUGGCUCAAUGGUUCUGGCCUCGCCGGAGUGUCCCACAAAGAAUGGUCGCUUUGCUUCUGGCGAUCAAUGUGAUGCCUACACAGAGUGUCAAGAUGAUGUCCCAGUUGAAAAACUCUGUCCCGAUGGUCUGCUGUUCCAUCAGCGCACCAAGUCGACAGGUGAAUGCACCUAUGCCCCGUUUUCCACCUGCAAGGAACGCACACGCCUCCAGCCCGCCAAUGGCACUGAUGAGUGUCCCAGGCAGUUUGGCUUCUAUCCCAAUGGCGAUCAAACCAAAUGCGGUGUCUAUCGCAAUUGUGCUCAUGGUGUGGCCAGUCUAACCAAGUGUCCCGAGGGAUUGGCCUUCAAUGAGGAGUCAUAUCAAUGCGAUUGGCCCGAUCUAGUGGCCAAUUGCAAUGCUGAGGCUUAUUUGGGUUUCACCUGCCCCGAAUCGGAACUGGUCGAUGGUGUUGCUCCCGAGGUGGAUGUCACUCCAGAGGGAGAGCUGCGUUACUAUCGUCAUCCGACCACUUGCAAGAAAUACUUUGUUUGCGUCAAUGGACACCCUCGGCUCUACAAUUGUGGCAAAUAUCUGGCCUUCAAUGACAAGACAAAACUUUGCGAUUUCUACAACAAAGUCCCAGAAUGUUUUGCCCUUCUUAAGGAUAAGCAGAGAUUGAAGGCUCAACGUCAAUUGCCCGAACAGGCGCAGCCUUUGGCCUAAGUGGUAAAGAGGACAAUAUGAGAGAGGCUCCAACUUGGAAGAAAAUUCUUUGCAAUUUUUGUAAAUAGAUUUCUAUUAAUAUUCAUAUGUAAAAUUAUUGAAUAAAUGAUGCUACUUUUAUACAUAUUAAAA